GCACAUGGCCAUGGAGGCUAUGAUUCUGAUUUUAGUGACGAGGAGAGUGGAGAGAAGUCUGUGCAAAAGACCAAAAGUAUAAAGGAAGAUGGCCUUCUCAUAAAGCCAUUCCAAAAAGCAAAACAAGGCAGUGUGAUUCACAGACAAUUUGCAGCUGAAGAAUGGGACAGGGAAGAAGCAAGAAAAAGAAGAUUUCACUUGAUAGCGAUGGAUGCUUAUGAGAGGCAUAAAAAGUUUGUGAGUGACUACAUUUUGUACUAUGGUGGCAAAAUAGAGGAUUUCCGACGUUCUGGAGCAAAUGACAAGACGGAUCUUGAUGUUAUUAGAGAAAACCAUAGAUUCCUGUGGAAUGAAGAUGAUGAAGCAGACAUGAAUUGGGAGAAGAGGCUUGCAAAGAAGUAUUACGAUAAAUUGUUCAAAGAAUACUGUAUAGGAGAUCUCAGUAGAUACAAAGAGAAUAAG